CCUAAAUCCAAAGAAAGUAGCCCACUACCACCACACUCUUCUCCUCGGCCCUGGUUGGUAGUUACCAGUUAGUCCGGCUAAUAUCACCGACCUCAUUUCACCUCCGCCGUAGCGAAAACAUGUUGCGUAAUUUCCGGCUGCUUUGAGUAUGCUUUCUAUGUUCUAUCAGCCUCCAUGCCCCUCUGAUUUUCAUCAUUUCGUUUAAAACCUCAUAUAAGUUAUUUAUUGCUAUCGAAACCCUAACAUAACUCGUCAUCAAGUCUAUACUCUCUUUUAGUGUUCUUUAAACUUGCUGCAAGGUAGUGAUUACAAUUAUAGCGAUAGUGCGAUACACCUAUACCUUGGCGUUUGAAAACUUGAUGUAAGAAUCGGAAUGGGAGCUCUGAAGAACAGGCUUUGUAGAAGCAACUGAGUGCAAGGAUGAAGACACUUCUUACAGGCCGAGGGAAAUUAUGGAACUCUAGUUCAAAAUGCCCUGAUGUUUUUAUUCUAUGUGAGAGGUUUCUAUCUUCAUAUAUAGGGAUUUCAAAUCUGCAACAAAGAGCUCUUUCUUCUACAAGUGGCAUUAAUGAAGAACACAUUGAAAAAUUCAAUGGAAAAAGACAAGAAGUGGAUAAUGUGUGCCAAAUCUUGGAAAGUGGUCCAUGGGGAACAUCUUUAGAGAAAGCUUUAUCCACAUACAAUGGAAGCACACAAAGUGAUUUGGUCAUUUCUGUUUUAAGGAAACUAAAAGAUGUCAAUCUUGCACUAAACUAUUUUCAAUGGGCAGAAAAGAAAAGCAAUCAACCCCAUUGUCCUGAAGCAUACAAUUCCCUUCUCAUGGUUAUGGCAAAAAGCAACAACUUUGAUCAAAUCGAACAAGUAUUUCAAGAAAUGAGUUUUGCUGGUUUUGGCCCUUCUAAUACCACAUCUGUUGAACUAAUCCUAAGCUGUGUCAAAAUCCAUAAACUAAAACAAGCUUUCGAUUUAAUCCAACUCAUGAGAAGAUUCAAAUUUCGCCCUGCUUUUUCAGCAUACACAACUCUCAUAGGAGCUCUUUCAACCAUUCAUGAACCUGAUCUCAUUCUCACUCUCUUUCACCAAAUGCAAGAGUUAGGCUAUGAAGUACACGUGCAUCUAUUCACAACUGUGAUACGUGUAUUUGCAAGAGAAAGUAGACUUGAUGCUGCUCUUUCUCUUUUAGAUGAAAUGAGAAGCAAAUAUGUUGAUGGAGAUAUUGUUCUGUAUAAUGUCUGUAUAGAUUGUUUUGGUAAAGCUGGGAAAGUGGACAUGGCUUGGAAGUUUUUUCAUGAAAUGAAAGCUCAUGGAAUCAUGCCUGAUGAUGUGUCAUACACUAGCAUGAUAGGUGUCCUAUGCAAAGCUAAUAAGCUCAAUGAAGCUAUUGAGUUAUUCGAUGAAUUGGAGCAUAAAAAAAGAGUCCCAUGUGCAUAUGCUUAUAACACCAUGAUCAUGGGUUAUGGAAUGGCUGGAAAGUUUGAUGAAGCAUUUAAGUUACUCGAGAAGCAAAGACUCAAAGGCUCAAUCCCAAGUGUUGUUGCAUACAAUUGUAUCCUCACAUGUCUUGGAAAAAAAGGGAAAGUAAAUGAGGCUUUGAAGCUAUUUGAUGAAAUGAAAAAAGAUGCAUCACCUAAUUUGUCAACAUACAAUAUCCUCAUAGACACACUUUGUAGAUCUCAGAAUCUUGAAAAGGCUUUGGAAAUUCAAGAAUCCAUGAAAGAAUCCGGAUUGUAUCCGAAUAUAUUAACUCUCAACAUAAUGAUCGAUCGACUCUGUAAGUCUCAAAAACUAGAUGAAGCAUGUUUAAUCUUUGAAAAAAUGGAUCAUAAAGUUUGUCCUCCAAAUGGUUACACUUAUUGCUCUCUUAUAGAAGGAUUAGGGAAAAUGAAUAGAGUUGAUGAUGCUUACAAACUAUAUGAACAAAUGUUGGAUGCUAAUGUGACUCCAAAUGCAGUAGUCUACACUUCUUUAAUAAGAAACUUUUUUAAAGUAGGAAGAAAGGAAGAUGGUCAUAAGAUUUACAAAGAAAUGAUUCGAAAAGGGAUAAUUCCGGAUUUAACCCUGUUGAACACUUACAUGGAUUGCACUUUUAAAGCUGGUGAAACACAAAAAGGUCGAGCUUUAUUUGAAGAAAUUAAGGUUCACAACAUGUCCCCAGAUGCUCGAAGCUAUUCCAUAUUACUUCACGGAUUAAUAAAAUCAGGAUUUUCAAAAGAAACAAAUUCAAUACUCCAUAACAUGAAGAAACAAGGAUGUGUUUUAGAUACACCUACUUACAACACAUUUAUCAAUGGAUUUUGUAAAUCAGGUCAAGUCAACAAAGCGUAUAACCUUCUAGAAGAAAUGAAGUCAAAAGGUCAUCCACCAAAUGUUGUUACAUACGGAUCCGUGAUCGAUGGGCUUGCAAAAAUAAACAAAUUAGAUGAAGCUUAUAUGUUAUUCGAAGAAGCUAAAUCAAAAGGAGUUGAAUUAAACGUAAUAAUUUAUAGUUCUCUUGUUGAUGGAUUUGGAAAAGUAGGUAGAAUCGAUGAAGCGUAUUUAAUCAUGGAGGAAUUAAUGCAAAAAGGGUUGACACCAAAUAUCUACACAUGGAAUUGUUUGCUUGAUGCGUUAGUGAAAGCGGAAGAAAUCGAUGAAGCACUUGUGUGCUUUAACUCAAUGAAGGAUUUAAAAUGUACACCAAAUGGAAUCACUUAUGGAAUUAUCAUAAACGGAUUAUGUAAAAUUAGAAAAUUCAAUAAAGCAUUUGUGUUUUGGCAAGAGAUGCAAAAACAAGGGGUGCAACCGAAUGUUGUGACUUAUACCACAAUGAUUAGUGGGCUUGCGAGAAGUGGGAAUGUGAUUGAGGCAAAUCGGUUGUUUGAUAGGUUUAAGAAAGGAGGUGGAAUCCCGGAUUCGGGUUGUUAUAAUACUAUGAUUGAAGGGUUGAGUGUAUCGAAUAGGGCUAUGGAUGCUUAUUUGUUGUUUGAGGAUUGUAGAAUGAAAGGGUGUAAUGUGUAUUUGAAUACGUGUGUUGUGCUUAUGGAUUCGUUGCAUAAAGCUGAAUGUCUUGAACAGGCUGCGAUUGUUGGUGCUGUGUUGAAGGAAACAGCAAAGGCUCAUCAUGCUUCCAAGUCUAUGUAGCAAACAAUUAAAAUAAUUUUUUCGGUUAAAUGUUUGAGUUGAGUAUUUAUAAAUUCCAAUUAUUUAA